AUGGCUCCUGGGGAGAAGAUCACAGCCAAAAUUAAAAAGAACUUGACUGUGACAGGUCCUCAGGCUCCCUCGAUCAAGGAACUAAUGAAAUGGUAUUGCUUGAACACCAACACCCAUGGCUGCCGUCGGAUUGUGGUGUCCCGGGGCCGUCUGCGCCGGCUUAUUUGGAUCAUGUUAACACUCUCAGCUGUGGGGCUCAUUUUGUGGCAGUGUGCUCUGCUGGUCCUCUCUUUCUAUACCGUCUCUGUCUCCAUCAAGGUCCAUUUCCAGAAGCUCAAUUUCCCAGCUGUCACCAUUUGCAAUAUCAAUCCUUACAAGUACAGUGCUGUGAAAGAACUUCUGGCUAGUCUAGAUGAAGAGACCAAAAAAGCUUUGAAAAAUUUAUAUGGGCUUUCUGACAUCAAAUCCCGGAAGCGGCGCGAGGCUGAUCCCUCCCAAUCAGUGGAAGAAGGCAGCCAUUCAAAAUUCAUAAACUCUACGCCUCUUGUGAUCUUUGAGCUAGAUGAUACCACCAAGGAAGCCACUGAUCUUCUGACAGGGAGGAAACGGAAAAUCAAUGGCACCAUUGUCCAUAAGGCCUCUGAUGUUAUGCAUGUGCAGGAGACCAAGAAAACUGUGGGCUUCCAGAUGUGCGCCAACAAUGGCACCAGUGAUGACUGUGCAACCUAUACCUUCAACUCUGGGGUCAACGCCAUUCGGGAAUGGUACAAGUUGCACUACAUGAAUAUCAUGGCACAAGUGCCCCUGGAGAAGAAAAUCAACAUGAGCUACUCCGCAGAGGAAUUGCUAGUGACCUGCUUCUUUGAUGGGGUAUCUUGUGACGCCAGGAACUUCACUCUUUUCCACCAUCCAAUGUAUGGGAAUUGCUACACCUUCAAUGGCGCCACCAAUAAGACCAUCCUCAGUACUUCCAUGGGAGGCAGUGAAUAUGGACUACAAGUCGUCCUUUACAUAGAUGAAGAUGAAUAUAACCCCUUCCUGAUAUCAUCAACUGGGGCUAAAGUUGUCAUCCACAGGCAAGAUGAAUAUCCCUUUAUUGAAGACAUAGGAACAGAGAUUGAGACAGCCAUGGCCACCUCAAUAGGAAUGCACUUGACAGAAUCCUUCAAGCUGAGCGAGCCGUAUAGCCAGUGCACAAAGGAUGGCAGUGAUGUCCCUGUAGAGAGUAUCUACAAUGCGACCUAUUCUCUCCAGAUAUGUCUUCAUUCCUGUUUCCAGCGACACAUGUCGGAGAAGUGCCAAUGUGCCCAGUAUAGUCAGCCCGCGCCAAAAAAUGUCUCGUACUGCAAUUACCAGAAACACCCAAACUGGAUGUAUUGCUACUAUAAGCUACAUCAGGCAUUUGUCCAAGAAGAGCUGGGCUGCCAGGCCAUCUGUCGGGAACCUUGCAACUUUAAGGAAUGGUCUUUGACCACCAGUCUGGCACAAUGGCCAUCUGACAUUUCAGAGAAGUGGAUGUUGGAUGUUCUCACAUGGGAUAAAGGCCAGAAAGAAAACAAGAGAUUAAACAAGACAGACUUAGCCAAACUCUUGAUUUUCUACAAGGAUCUGAACCAAAGAUCCAUCAUAGAGAGUCCUGCCAACAGCAUCGAGAUACUGCUGUCCAACUUUGGUGGUCAACUGGGCCUAUGGAUGAGUUGCUCAGUGGUCUGCGUCAUUGAGAUUAUUGAGGUCUUCUUCAUUGAUUCUCUCUCUAUCAUUGCCCGGCGUGGCUGGCAGAAGACCAAAAAAUGGUGGGCCCAAAGGAAGACCCAGGGCCAGUCAUCCUCUGAGAACCCUGAAGGCCGCUCUGGCUGUGACAACCCAACCUGUGUCCUCGAUGAUGACCUCCCUACCUUCAAUACAGCUCUGCAGCUGCCACAGGCCCCUGGGGGCCACGUACCAGGGACUCCACCACCUAAGUAUAAUACUCUACGUAUUGAGAAGGCCUUUUCUAACCAACUUGAAGAUACUCAAGACCCAGAAAAGCCCUAAGGUUGGAAGGUCCCUAUCCUUCUGCUAGUAUCUAGAAGAAAGGAGGAGCCAGAGUUACUAUCUAUGGACAACUAGAUCAGUGUGUGCUCUGGGGACUGCUCCUCCAAUUAGGGCCAGGCCUCCCUGCUUUUGGCCUGAGGUUUUAAUUCUGCCCCUGGAACCUGUCUGGCAGACACAGCCAGGAACAAAACCCCUGCACCCAAGAAAAAUGCUAUUGAACAUUUUUCUGAAAUGUUAACGAAGACUCAUUUUUGCAAAGAACUGGUACCAAUGGGCCCAGGGCCCAGGCAAGGGCUCCCAACUAAAGGCUUACAGCUACCCAAGAGGAGUUGUCCUUCAACCCAUUGCUUCUGACAAAUGCCUCAUUUCUCUCAUAGCUGAGGAAACAAGAGAAGCAUCCAGGACCAGAGCUUCCACAUAUCUGGGGAUUUUUGCUAAGGGGCAAAUUUAGCCUUGGUAUAAGGGGGAGCCUCCACAAUUAGAGCUACUCCCAAGUGAAGCAGGCUGCCUUGGGAGGUUGUGGGUUCUCCCUCAGCAGAGACCUUCCAGCAAAUGCUCAAUGACCAUUUGGGUACAUUGGAGAGGGAGUCCUUUUUCAGGUAUGAAUUGGACAGAGCAGUCAAUGAGGUCCAUUCCAAUCAUGAAAUUUCUAUAAGGCAAGAAGCAAGGAAGUGUUCUGUAAGAGUCUGGCAAAUAAAGGCAAGGUGACAAGGUCUAAGAAUCAUUGCACUGAAGUACGUGACCGCAGAGACUGAGACAAGAAGGCUAGCCCUGAGAAAGGGCUGAACCCCACUCAUUCUCAAAAGAGUAUCAUUGGGGUUAAAAAGAGAUCCUUCCCUCAUAGCUGAGCUGGCCAUGUAAUAUACUGCACCCUGGAAACCUCCAUAACAUAGAAUGGUGUUCCUGGUCUAUGACUGAUGCUGCUUUUAAAGUGAAUUAUUUAAAACUGUGGCCUGGAAAUUCUGACCAAAUGAGAUUUCUAUUUUUGAAUAAACUUUGUUUGUUUUUUAAUUGA